CCAUGAAGUGAAGCAAAUACAAAGAACUAGAAAGUGCUGGGAUUUCACUGGUUUCUCUCUCUACUUUCUCUCUCUCUCUCUCUCUCUCUAGAAGCAGAAGCAGAAGCAGCAGAGGAGAGGCCCUUGCUUUGCUUUGCUGCUGUUCGACGUAACUGGGAUUCCCAAAGUUGAAAUUCACCUGCAUAUUACACUGAUCCAAGAGUUGUGAUUGACAAGAAACUUUCCGUCAAUGUUAUCUGAUUUGUCUCCGUUAGCUUGAAUCCGAUAAGCUCGUAAGUUCCGAAUGGCUUCCAGUAGCAUACAAACGCAUCCAACGCAAUGCACAUAUGACUGUCUUCCUUAGUUUCAGAGGCGAAGACACUCGCAAGAACUUCACUGACCAUCUGUACUGCUGCUUUGGACCUCAAGGAAUCAUGACAUUCAGAGACGACCUCAAACUUGGGAGAGGAAAAUCCAUUGCCCCGGAACUCCUCAAAGCAAUCGAAGAAUCAAGGUUUGCGGUAGUUGUUUUCUCGCGAAACUAUGCUUCUUCAGCGUGGUGUUUGGACGAGCUUAGUAAGAUUUGCAAAUGCAUGAAGGAACUGGGACAAACAGUUUUUCCUGUUUUUUAUGAUGUGGAUCCUUCUGUGGUGCGCAAACAAACAGGGAGUUUUGGGAAAGCGUUUGCUACUCACGAAGAAUCUUUCAAGGGAAAUGUAGAGAAGGUGCAGAGAUGGAGGGCUGCAACGACGGAGAUAGCCAAUCUCUCUGGAUGGCAUGUGCAAGAUAGGCACGAGUCAGAAGUUAUCCGUGAAAUUUCUCAAGAAAUAUUUAGUAAACUGAGUGACACAUUCUCACAAGUUUCCAAGGAACUAGUUGGAAUAGAAUCUCGUCUGGAGGAAAUAAAUACGUACUUAGGGACAGAGUUAGAUGAUGUUCGCAUUAUAGGGAUCUGCGGGAUGGGAGGAAUAGGUAAGACAACUAUUGCUCGCGUUCUGUAUGACAGAAUCUGGGGCCAAUUUGAUGGUAGCAGCUUUCUUUCUAAUGUCAGAGAGGUUUCCGAAAAGCGUGGACUAGUUUCUUUACAGAGACAAAUGAUUUCCGAAAUCCUGAUGGAAACAAAUGUAAAUGUAUGGGAUGUCUUCAAAGGUUCCAGUGUAAUAAGACACAGACUGCGGCAUAGAAGGGUUCUUCUUAUUCUUGAUGACGUGGAUCAAUCAGAACAGUUAGAAAAGUUAGCAGGAAAACAUGAUUGGUUUGGUUUGGGGAGUAGAAUCAUCAUAACAACUAGAGACGAGCAUUUGCUUCUUCGCCAUGGAGUGGAUCAAAUAUACAAGGCUAAGGAAUUGAAUCAAGAUGAAUCUCUUGAGCUCUUUAGUUGGAAAGCAUUUAAAAAAGACCAUCCGGAAAACGAAUAUCUAGACCUCUCCUACCUUGUUUUAAAUUAUGCUAAUGGUCUUCCAUUGGCGCUUGAAGUUUUGGGGUCCUUUCUGCUUCGCAGGAAUGUAUCUGAGUGGAAAACUGCAUUGGAUAAACUAAAAGAAGUUCCCAACAUAACAGUUUUCGAUAUACUUAGAAUAAGCUUCGAAGGACUAGAGGAGAUGGAGAGAAACAUGUUCCUAGAUAUCGCUUGUUUCUUCAAGUGGAAGAACAAAGCUCGAGUAACAAAGAUACUUGACAGCUUUGGCUUUCAUUCAGAUAUUGGAAUACGAGUAUUAAGUGAUAAGUCUCUCAUAAGUGUUUCGUAUAAUAUGUUAUGGAUGCAUGAUUUACUACAAGAGAUGGGUUGGGAAAUUGUUCGCCAAGAAUCUCGUAGCGAGCCGGGAAAACGCAGCAGGUUGUGGCUUUUCGAGGAUGUCUAUGAUGUACUAGUGAAUAAUAAGGGUACCGAAGUCAUUGAAGGCUUAGUCCUAACUUCACGUGCAGACGAGGAGGUUCACACGAGCACUGAGGCCUUCUCUAAAAUGAACAAACUGCGGAUGCUCAAAUUAGGUAAUGUGCACCUUUCCGAAGAGCUUACAUAUCUCUCGAAUGAGUUAAGAGUUCUCAAAUGGCACGGAUAUCCUUCAAGAUCUCUCCCAUCAAAUUUCCGACCAGAAAAACUUUUCGAACUUAGCUUGUGUAAUAGCCGCAUUGAAGAACUCUGGAAAGUUAUAAAGAAGCCUCUGGAGAAGUUGAAAAUCAUUAAGCUAAGCUACUCUCAAAGUCUCAUCAAGACCCCGGAUUUUAGUGAAGUCCCAAACCUUGAGAGGCUGAUCCUCGAAGGUUGUACAAGUUUAUCUGAUAUUCACCCGUCCAUCACAGGGCUUAAAAGACUUGUUUUGUUGAAUCUGAAAGAUUGUAAAAGUCUUCGAAGUCUUCCAAGCUCCAUAGAACUGAAGUCCCUUAGAAUUUUUGUUCUUUCUGGUUGCACAAAACUCAAAAAGUUCCCUAAGAUUGUUGGAAAUAUGGAACACUUGUUCAAACUGUCGUUAGAUGGUACAGCCAUACGAGAACUUCCCUCAACAAUCGACCAUCUACCCGGCCUUGUAUAUUUAAGUAUGAGAGACUGUAAAGGCCUUGUGAAUCUUCCGAGCUCCAUUUGUGCGUUGGAGUCUCUUAAAGUUCUUGCAUUAUCUGGUUGCUCAAAACUUGAAAAACUGCCUGAUAACUUGGGGCAUUUAGAAUCAUUAGAGGAUCUUGAUAUUGGUGGAACAGCUAUAAGAGAAGCACCACCCUCCGUUGAACUCUUGAAGAACCUUAAGUUAUUAUCUUUCCGCGGAUGUAAUGGACUGCCAUCUACUCCGUGGAUUUCAUCCUUUUGGUCCACAUUGGUCAUGAGAAGACGUCAAGAUUCUAUGGGGUUUCUGGUUCCGUGUUUGUCAAGCUUACAUUCAUUAACGGAACUUGAUCUAAGUGACUGCAAUCUAUCAGAAGGAAUGCUUCCCUCGGAUCUUGGCGGCUUAAGCUCAUUGGUGAAGCUAAAUCUGAAUAGAAACAACUUCGAUAGUUUACCUGCAAGCAUCAGUCAACUUACAAAGCUUACAGAACUGAACUUAAAUGGUUGCAAGAGGCUUCAAUUAUUGCCAGACAUUCCAUCGAGUGUAAGAGAACUAAUGGCACAAGAUUGUUUGUCACUGGAAACGUUUUCAAAUCCAUUGUCUGCAGGCAGUUCAGCAUGGGCGGGGUUCAGUUUUAUUAACUGCUAUAGAUUGGCAGGGAAUGAAGGCAUUAACCUGACCUUUCUCAUGCUCAGAAAGUAUCUUCAAUCAUCAAUGAAAGCUGAUUCUCAGGAACCAUUUGCUGGAUUCAGUAGUGCUAUUCCUGGAAGUGAAAUACCAACAUGGUUCAUGCAUCAGAGUGUGGGCACUUCAUUAAGUAUCGAGGUACGUCCACAUUGGUGCAGUAGUAAGUUCAAGGGAGUUGCCGUAUCUGCUGUUUUCGGAGUCUGCGAGAAUGCAACCAUCCGCUGUGUAGAUUUGAAUUCAACAGAUGAUCCAAAGAUUCGGUGUGAGUUGGAUACUGACAAAGGUACAAUGAGCCCUGGCAUUGUUUUUCCCUUCACCAAAGACAUAUGGAUCGAGUCAGAUCACAUUUGGCUGUGCUACCUAACGCGCAACGGGUUUCCAGAGAGUGCAUUUGAGUGGUGGAAAUGUAGACACAUUCAGGCUUCGUUCAAGUCCAGUGUCCCUGGCUUGGAGGUGAAAAUGUGUGGGCUCCGUCUGGUAUACGAGCAAGACAUGGAGGAGAUAUUCCGUGCUGAUUUUGAUGAAUCAUCAGUAGGACUAAGAGGUGCCAUAAUAACUGGACAAAGUCGUGAUAUCUACGAGUGUUAUGAUGAAGUCGAACGCCGGGAAAGCAGGAAAGUCAAUCCGAUGAUUGGAAAUGCAGUCAAAUUCUUCAGAGCCUUUCUGGUUGGAUUGCUACUUUUGAUUCUUUGGCAACUUUGCUUUUCCCGGGUUCCUUGUCUGUCAAGUUAUUUCGUCCGUACUAGGGCUUCCCAGCAAGCAGUAAUACAGAUCCAAAGAGCUACUGAAUUUCAAGAAAUGGAGAACGAAAACGAAGGGUGGAUCUACGACGUGUUCGUCAACUUCCGCGGCGAAGACACCGGCCGUAACUUCACCGACCACCUCUGCGCCGCCCUGGACCAGAAGGGGAUCAUCGCCUUCCGGUACGAUGAGGCACUCGAGAGAGGAAAGCCCGUUUCCUCCGAGGUCUUCAAGUCGAUCGGAGAAUCAAGGUUUUCGAUCGUGGUCUUCUCGAAAAACUACGCCGCCUCGCGGUGCUUGGACGAGCUCGUGGAGAUCCUCCGGUGCAUGAAAUCGACGGGCCAGAUCGUUUUUCCGGUGUUCUACGAUGUGGAUCCGUCGGAUGUGAGGAAGCAGAGGGGGGAGUAUUUUGAGAAGGCGUUCAGGAAGCAUGAGGAGGAUUUCAUGGACAAGGUGGAGAGUUGGAGAGGUGCAUUGAGAGAUGCAGCCAGCCUCUCUGGGUGGGAUUUGUAUAACAAGCACGAGGCAAAAGUUAUCCAAGAGAUUGUCAAAGAGAUAUCAAAUCAAUUGAGCCAAAAGCUUUCAAGCGUGCCGGAGGAUUUAUUUGGAAUCGAUUCCCGAGUGGAGGAAUUGAAUCUCUGCUUGGAUAUGGGGGUGAACGAUGUUCGCAUUAUAGGAAUUUACGGGGAGAAAGGUAUAGGCAAGACGACAAUUGCUCAAGUUGUUUACGACAGGGUAUCUGGUCAGUUCAACGGCAGCAGCUUCCUUGCUAACAUAAAAGAAGUUUAUGAAAAACAAGGCCUAGUUCCUUUACAGGAACAACUUAUUUCGGAAAUCCUCGUGGAUAAGAAUAUUAAGAUAUGGAAUGUACAUAGAGGAGUCAAUGCAAUCCGGAACAGACUGCGCUAUAAAAAGGUUCUUCUCGUUCUUGAUGGCGUGGAUCGGUUAGAACAGUUAGAAGCCUUGGCUGGGAGCCGCGAUUGGUUUGGCGCAGGAAGUAGAAUCAUUGUAACAACCAGGGAUGAAAACUUGCUGAUCAGAUACCGUGUUGACAGGAUUUAUAGGGCACAGGCGUUGAAUCACGAAGAAGCGCUUCGCCUUUUUUGUUGGAAAGCGUUUAAGCAAGGCCAUCCGCCGGAGGAGCAGUAUGUAGAGCUGUGCGAGCUUGUGUUGGAUCAUGCUCGCGGCCUUCCGUCUGCGCUUGAAGCUUUGGGGUCUUUCUUGUUUGGCAGGAGUUUAGUUGAAUGGAGAAGCGCAGUAAAUAGACUAGCACAAGUUCCUUGCACGUGGAAUUACUUGAAAUGAAUAAUUGUUCGACGUGUAAGGGCUUGUAGCUCAGUUAGUGAAGAGUGUUCACCUAUUUAGUCGAGGUCUUGAGUUUGAUUUCCCCUCCGUGAUGUCACUUGCAUAAAAGAAAAGAAAGAUUAAUGAAUUAUUUUAGAGCAUUCACCCUUUUAGUCGAAAUUCCGAGAUUAAUUUAGUUAAUGGAGUUAAAAUAUCUCAUUAGUCGAUGUAAACCUUUCUUGUAUCAUCAAAAUAAAGUGCAUGCAUUAAUUUUCA